UCCGUCCGUUGCUCUCUCUCUCCGUUUCUGCUUCUGUUUCACGUUCGUUUCUGCCUUGCCUUCCCCCUCCCCUCCGCGGCACCGUCUUUUCUCCUCGUCUCCCCCGGCGUCCCCCCUCUUCUCCUCCAUCCAUGCCGCCCCGUCUCAAACGGCAUCACCAUGCAUCCUAGCGCUCUCCAGCGGCGCGACGAAGAUUCCACGGAGCAAUUCCUCAAACUCAUCUCGAAUCCCUUCCAGUCUGACUUCCAAGUCAACGCCAUCUGGGCCUCCUUGGCCACUUCCGUUGGCUUGUCCAUCGCCCUCACCCUCCUGUUCUCGCUCUUCCGCCCCCGUCACUCGGUCGUCUAUGCGCCCAAGGUCAAACAUGCCGAUCGCAAACACACCCCGCCGCCGGUGGGAAAGGGCUUCUUUGCCUGGCUCAAGCCUGUCCUACAAACCAAGGAGCCCCAGCUGGUUGACUGCGUCGGCCUGGAUGCCAGCAUGUUCAUACGCUUCGCCAAGAUGUGCCGGAACAUUUUCAUCUUUCUGAGCAUCAUCGGCUGCGGUGUCAUGAUUCCCCUCAAUCUGACACAGAGCACCGGGAAUACCGUGUCGGAAUUUGGCGCGUUCGCCACGAUGACCCCGCUCUAUGUCACCACCGAAGCCAUCUGGGGCCAGGUGGUCUGCGCCUGGGCAUUCGAUAUGAUCGUCGCUUUUUUCCUCUGGAGGAACUACAAGGCCGUGUUGGCGCUGCGGAGGAAGUUUUUCGAGAGCUCCGAGUACCAGCGCAGUCUGCACGCGCGGACCCUGAUGAUUACAGAUAUUCCCCCGGCUGCACGAUCCGACGAAGGUGUCUUGCGUUUGACAGAUGAGGUGAAUCCCACGGCCGCCGUCCCGCGCGCCUCCAUCGGCCGCAACGUCAAGGGGCUCCCCCGCUUGAUCAAGGAACACGACGAAACUGUCCGCGAACUCGAGACCGUUCUCGCCAAGUAUCUCAAGAACCCUGAUCAACUACCCGCAAAACGCCCCACCAUGAGCCCACCGCGAAAGGAGCGAGGCGAACACCGGAGCGGCAGGGUGGACGCCAUCGAUUACCUGACGGAAAAAAUCCAGAGGCUGGAGGAGGAAAUCCGGCAUGUUCGGGCGUCGAUCGACAGACGGAAUGCUAUGCCCUUUGGUUUUGUUAGCUGGGACAUGAUCGAACAUGCCCAUGCCGUGGCUUAUAAUACGCGCAAGAAGCAUCCGGAGGGGACGACAAUUGUUCUGGCGCCGCGGCCGGAUGACCUCAUUUGGGAGAACCUGCCGUUGUCGAAGGCGGCGCGCAGAUGGAAAGGAUUCGUGAGCGCGAUCUGGGUGUCGCUCCUUACGUUCGUGUAUAUUGUUCCUAACGGUCUGAUCGCGGUUUUCCUGUCCGACUUAUCCAACCUGGGUCUGGUUUGGCCGGCUUUUCAGACAUCGCUGGAUGCGAACCCUUACGUGUGGGCUGCCGUCCAAGGUAUCUUAUCUCCGGCUGUGACCUCGCUUGUCUACAUCAUUCUACCCAUCAUCUUCCGUCGGCUGGCGAUCCGGGCUGGCGACACCUCGAAGACGUCUCGAGAGCGCCAUGUCCUCAACAAGCUCUAUUCCUUCUUUGUCUUCAACAACCUCAUCGUCUUCUCUCUCUUUUCCGCGGCGUGGACCUUUGUUUCGGCCGUCAUCGAUGCCGAAAACAACGAUCAAAAUGCCUGGCAGGCGCUCCGCGACGGCGCGUUUUAUACCAAGGUGGUAAGCGCACUGUGCCAGGUGUCGCCGUUCUGGGUGACGUACUUGCUGCAGCGGAACAUGGGUGCCACGAUUGACUUGGCCCAAUUGGUCACAGUGGCUUGGGUGUGGUUUUCGAAGACGUUUCGUUCGCCAACUCCUCGACAGUCGAUUGAGUGGACCGCCCCUCCGUCGUUUGACUACGCCAGUAACUACAACUCCUUCCUGUUCUACGCGACCGUAGCCCUCUGCUUUGCCACAUUGCAGCCGAUCGUCCUCCCCGUCACCGCGCUGUACUUCGGACUGGAUGCGAUGUUGAAGAAGUACAUGCUGCUGUACGUGUUCGUGACCAAGACGGAAUCCGGAGGCCAGUUCUGGCGGGUCCUGUUCAAUCGCAUCGUUUUCGCGAUGAUUUUAUCCAACAUUGUCAUUAUCCUGGUAACCAUUGCCAAAGGCACCUGGACGAUGGUGUAUUGCAUGAUCCCGCUGCCGUUCAUGAUGCUGGGGUUCAAGGUCUUCUGCAUGAAGAAGUUCGAUACCGGAAUCACCUACUACAACAGUGCGGAGCUGACGGAUGCCGAGGCCCUGGCGGUCAGCAAGCCGAACAAGAAGGCGUCGGAGCGGCUCAACUCCAAGUUCGGCCACCCGGCCCUCUACAAGCCAUUGAUCACGCCGAUGGUCCACGCCCGGGCAGGAGAGGCGUUGAAGCGCAUCUACAGCGGACGACUGGGGACCACGGAGUUCGAGGGCGAGUACUCGGACAUCGCAAUGGACGCCAUGUCGACGUCGCACCCGGGCAAGUCCAUGAUGGACACCGCCGCCCCGGCUCCGUUCGAAAUGGUUCCGGAAAACCACCUGGAUUUCUCGUACUACAAGGACCGCCCGGACUUCCGGGACGAGUUCGGCGGAGGCAUCUACGGCCGGCCCGACGAUGUCAUGACGGAACGCUCGCAGACGCCGCACAGUGCGCUGGGCGAGUGGUCACCCACGUCGUCGCGGGCCUCGUCGCCAGCGCCGUCGGUCCCGUCGCUGUCCGGCAUGAGGGCGCAUGACUCGUACGAUCCGACAAUGAACGACCACAUCCACCCGGCAUUCCGCGUGCCAGCCCCGCUGGGCGGCGGGAUGUACCAGCAGCGGAACGAGAGCGAAACGGAGCUGCUCAACAACGCGCAGGGGCCGGCGGUGAGCGAGACGGCGACGCCGUUGGACCGGUGGCGGUCGAGGGGAUAUGGGCCUGUAGAACAGGACGACCCCAGCUUCACCUCGUACGAACACUACCGGAUGGCCGGUAGAUGACACUGAUUUCUAGCGAUAACGAAUGGGGAUUGGUUGGUUGGUUGAUUGAUACCUGCAUAGGCAAAUACUGGGCUGGGACGGUUUGCUUUGGACGAUUUGGAUGGACGGCGUACGGAAGAAACGUGCCUACGAC